AUGCAUAAAGCUGGAUGGGUGCAUCGUGAUAACAGCGUUGGCAACAUCUUAUUUCAUGAGCGAGACGGGAAAUUGGUAGUCAAGCUCUCUGACCUCGAGUACGCGAAGCAAUAUUUGCGUGAUGACAAGGGUGCUCACGAGAUGCGCACGGGUACCACUGACUUCAUGGCGGCUGAGGUAGACGUGAUGAGUUAUCAAUUCUUCACUACGAAGAAGCCGAAGUCAAGCGCGAUGCGAGCAAAUGUAUUCGAUUUUGCGGAUCGUCGGGGUCCCAGUGUCUCGCUUCCGGAACUCAACUCAAUACCCGAAUUUCGUUAUAAUCCCAUGCAUGAUAUCGAGUCUAUCUGGUGGGUCCUCAACUGGUUU